CAUGAAGAUUCUGUGGGCUAUGGCAUUGAAGGGUAGAUGCAUUGUAGGCAAGUCAAAUAUACACCAAUUUGUGUAAUUUUUUGUUUUCGACAAAAAACCAACAUCAUCUCUAGAAUAUAUUCCAACACCUCAAGACACAAAAUUUAGCCUUGCACUUUCUCUACCGGUUUCUAAUGGACACUUUUCUCCCAUUCCUCGUAACUAUAAUCUCUACCAUCCUUUCUAUGCUGACAUGUUUCAUCUACUAUCACCUAAAGAGAUCAACUGCUUCUAAGAAUUCAAUACGAUGCACCGUCCCACAGGCUGGCGGUGCUUGGCCAGUUAUUGGCCACCUCCACCUCUUUGCUAGCCAACAACUACUUCACAAAGCAUUAGGAGCGAUGGCUGAGAAGUAUGGACCGGUUUUCACUGUAAAGUUUGGCUUGGAGAGGGUUUUGGUUGUGAGUAGCUGGGAAAUGGCUGCAGAGUGUUUUACUGUCCAUGACAAGGCCUUCUCCGACAGACCAAAUACUGCUACCUUAAAGUUGCUUGGCUAUAACUACGCCAUGUUCGCCUUCACUCCUUAUGGACCUUAUUGGCGACAAGUGCGCAAGAUAGCUGUAGCUGAGCUUCUGUCAAACCACAGGCUUGAGACGCUGAAGCGCGUGCGAGCAUCCGAGGUGGAAACUAUGAUAAAGGAACUGCAUCAGCUUUGCAGGGUGAAAGGAGGAGUUUUGGUAGAUAUGAAGGAAAGGUUUAGUGAUUUGAUGCUGAAUAUAUCUUUGAGAAUGGUGGCGGGGAAUGGCGAUGUGAUGAGAGGAAAAGCUAGGAAGCAUCGGAAAUCUUUGAGGGAUUUCUUUUAUCUCUUUGGGGUGCCUAUGUUAUCAGAUUCUAUACCGUUUCUUGGAUGGUUAGAUUAUGUUAUUGGAUAUGGGAAAGCAAUGAAGAAAACCGCAAAAGAAUUAGACCGAUUGAUGGAAGAUUGGCUGGAGGAGCAUAAGCAGAAGAGACUGCUGCUGGGUGGGAAGAAUAAAGAAGAGCUAGAUUUCAUGGAUGUGAUGCUUAACAUCUUAGAUGAUGCUGGCAUUGGUGAUUUUGAUGCAGAUACCAUUAUCAAGGCUACUUGUUUGGCUCUUACAUUAGCAGGAACUGAGUCAACCAUGGUAAGCAUAACAUGGGCUCUGUCUCUGCUUCUCAACAACAUCCACAAGCUAGAGAAAGCACAAGAAGAGUUAGACAACGUUGUAGGCCGGGACAGACAAGUAGAUGAAUCAGAUGUCCCAAAAUUACUCUACCUCCAAGCUAUUGUGAAGGAAACUCUGCGCAUGUACCCGCCUUCUCCACUACUUAUUUUUCGAGCCGCUAGGGAAGACUGUGCUCUCUCAUCUGGCUACAAAGUCCCUGUCGGCACACGCCUAAUAGUGAAUGCUUCGAAGAUUCACCGCGAUGAGCGUGUGUGGCCAAAUCCCGAUGAGUUCCAGCCAGAGAGAUUCUUGACAAGUCACAAGGGCAUAGACGUGAAGGGCCAAAACUUUGAGCUCAUUCCUUUUGGCUCGGGAAGGAGAUCGUGUCCCGGGAUUUGGCUCGCGCUCAAUGUGGUGCACUUGACACUGGCUAGCUUGUUGCAUAAUUUUGAAGUUACCAAGCCAUCAAAUGAAGAUGUGGAUAUGACUGAGAGUCCUGGAUUAAACAAUUUGAAAGCAACCCCACUUGAAGUUUUCCUUACCCCACGUCUUCAUUAGAAGAUUUAUGACAAGUAAAUUAGUGCUGUUGAAUAAGAUUAUUCGUUUAAUGGAGCUAUAUAUGCUCUUUGUGUCUAAUAUCAGUGAAGCUAUGUGGAGCUAUAGUUUGCAUGAUAUUUUAGUCUAAGUUUUGCUCAUGUUAAGCUUUUAGUUGUUUAUCAAAGGCACGUGUGAGAAACAUUGUGCAAGUGACUAUUA